AUGAUACCGAGAAUCGAUGAUUCUAAAAGUGAAGACAGUAAUGACAGUCAGAAGUUCUCUUAUGAGGCCAUCAAACAUGUAAAAUGGUACGAAUCUAUACUGCUAAACCGACCACUUAAAGUGGUGACAGCACUAUUUCUAUUUGCUGUCGUCAUUCCCAUAUUAUUGUACCAGUUCUAUUUCAUACCCAGUGGAAACUUCCAGCUUUCUAUUGGCUCAUGUCUGAUAGCAGAGUCUUCUAGGCUUCCCUGCGGACCUGGCUUCGUACCAGAAAACGAAUGUCACCCAGAAUGUUGCUACGAUUUCACCACAAACUUCUGUUUCCACCGCCUACCCUCAAGAUUCUCAUACCUCAUGGACAGACCGUGGUCCGAAUACCAAGUCAUGUAUCCCAGAGUAUCAACUGUGCCCUACAAAUCAAUGAAUAGCCUGACAAGCAUCAGACUAUCAAUUAGCGAAGAAACACCCACGCAUUUGUCUAUAACAUUGUACAACGCAAGAGACGCCUUAAAAGUUGGCAGGAGGUUAUAUAAUAAAAAUUACUCGUACACUGUUUCGUCGCCAGAAUUGAAUUUAGUAAUAACAGCCCCUCAGGGCGUUAUAUUUGAUACUAUGCGAGGCCCGUUACUAGCAUCCGACGGAAUUUGGGAAAUUACAUUUAAAUUGACAGAUGACGUCAUGUUUGGUUUGGGCGAAUUGCCUUUGAAGCCAGGAACAACUAAAAUCAUGUAUAACAACGUCAAAGGGUACAGCUCAGCCCCUUUGAUAUUCGCGCACAUUAAUGACACUUACCAUGGUUUAUUGAUUGAUACAAACGCGCCAACAGAAAUCAUGAUUAGAACGGGGAAUCAUAUUGUAGUGAGAAGUUUAACGGACUUCGAAUUGAAAUUUCAUUUGUUCGUGGGACCAACGCCCAAGGACGUGAUGAAAGAUUCAAUGAAAUUAAUGAGGGGUAAUAAAAAGCUGGAAUAUUGGAUGUUGGGAGCUCACGUUUGCGGUACAGCCGGCAAAGAACUUAGUGAGUUUAUCACGUCACUUACAUCGAAUCGAAUUCCAUUUGAAAGCCACUGUGGUCAUAGACCUAUUGUGCUAGCAAGCAACCGCUGUGAAAGUAAAGAGGCAAAGAAUAUACAGGAUGUUGCAGACGGAGCUAACAUAAUACGACGUGCGAAUAGACGUUUCGUCCCUCAUAUAUCACCUUAUAUACGUCACAACGAAAACAACAAUACACAAUCAACUCCCGCCUGUUCGAUUUUGCUGGAAUUUCAAUUAUUCAUGUAUCAUGAGCCUCAUAGUUUUCAAAUGUACAGAGGGAAAAUUGGAAACGAUUCAUUAUUAUAUCCUGCAUACGACGUCGCAACAACCCAUUUCUUGUCAAGGGUAUGGCCUCAUUCUAUCAAAUUUGACGGAGUGGUGAUUGAAAAUAAUUGGCCUUUGGAUAAAAGCAAUAAGUCUCAACAUGAUCCGUCCCCAUAUUUACCAUAUUUCAAUCAGAAUUUCCGAGAAGUGCUCACAAAUACACCCAAAUGGAAUAUCACCCUCCUUGAUAGAACAAAAGAUUAUAUUUCCAAGCAUAACACAUAUGGACAGGAAUCCAUAAACGCCUUUAGAAAAAUAAUAGGUAACGACACGUAUACAUCUGCUAGCAGUCAUUGGAUGGAUGGGUCAGUUGCCGUAAACAGACAGAAUAUAGAUACUCUUUGGUCAAAUCUUCAUAAGGAACUAGUGGCUGCUGCUUUAGGAGGAAUAUCAGGUCAUUGGUUAUGGUCUUCACCGGUUUGCGGUGACACUGAUAAAUAUUUCCCCACAAAUCAAACAGAUCUCUGCGUCAAAUGGUACAUGGCUGCCACAUACUUUCCAAUGGUUAGAAUAGACUCCAAUUCCCUCCCAAGAGACCCCACUUCUGUGAAUGGAACAUACAGAAAUAGAAUGAUAAAAGCGUUGAAUACGAGGCUAUCGCUUCUGCCGUAUUUCUAUACAGUGUUGCAAGAUGGUCCAUUGCUUCGACCAAUGUUUUACCAGUUCCCAGACUCAAAUUAUCUCCGAGAAAUAAGUACCCAAUUUGCUGUAGGAGACGAUUUGCUAAUCAUUCCUAAUUUACAACCAUUUCAAAGUCAUGUUCAUAUAACCAUGCCACCUGGGACUUGGUACGAACUGUGGGGCGGUGAAAAAAUAACAUCAAAGGAAGGAGAAAUUAUUACAAUGCCCACGUUAGAAUCUGAUUUUCUAACUCUAAUACGUGGCGGUUCCAUAAUAUUAAUUCAGAAUGAUGUCAGUCAAACGGCAGAGGACACGCGAGUUGACUCGUCUUUCUCCCUAAUUAUCGCUUUAGAUUGUUACAAUUCUACAAUUAAUUGUUCCGCUUCUGGGGAUCUUUAUUUACUGCCAACGAUUUCAUUUCACUUCGAAGCUACGCAUGACAAGCUAUACGUCACAGCUAAAGGAAAUGAUUUCGAUCCAUUAUGUGAUUGGAAUAAUGCGAUCAUCAGAGAUGACAUUAAAGACAUCAAAAUAUUUGGGCUCGAGACUCAAUAUAAUAACUUUGAUACACACAGGCAUAUUGACGACUGGAUUAUAUUUUGUGAUUUGGAAUACGAUGAUGUUAUUGAGUAUGAUCUUAUUUGA